UUUUUUUCUACAUUUUGACAUGUUUUACCCCUCAAGGCAUUUAGCUCCCGCCCUUUGAAGCACGGGCCAACUCAAUUGUACGUUGGGACAGCCCUCCUCCCAACUUUGCCGUCCUGCACCCAUUCCCUAGCAACACUUUAUAGUCAGUACACGGGUGCACGCAGAAGGAGAAGCCACGCUAGUGAGAAGAGGAAAAAGUUGCAUCUUCAUGUCACAUACUGCACUUAUGGCCGUGACCCGGGGCUACCCUGGGGAAGAAGUGGAGAUGUCGGGGCUCACUGCGUGUUGCAGAGGCGCCUACAGCUGCCGCUGGACGAAAAUGAGGAAAGGCGGCGACAGUAAAUGUGCAUGCUGUUGGUUCUCUGUGCUCACCUUCAUCACCCUCCUGACCGUCUCCUGGAUGUACAUUUGUCUGGUCGCACACAACGACCAAGAGGAUCUCAACUGGAAGGCCUUCACGCAUCUGAAGUGGUGGGUCAACUGGUUCAUGGUGCUGACCAUCACGUCUGCGGUCUUGGCCAGUUACUGUGUGCUGCUGCUGUUUUUUGCCCUGUUCCAAGUUGCCCUGAAGGAACCACUCGACUUACAUUGGCUUCAUAAGAUACUCCUUUUCUUGAGUUUGCUCUUCAUCUCCUUGGGAAUCGUCGGGAUAAGUCUUCAGUGGAAACGAGAAUGGCCGACCGUUCUUCUCUCGCUGCAGGCUACUGCUCCUUUUUUGCAGUUUGGUGCUGUCGGAGGUUUGCUUCUGCUGAGUCCGUUCGUCUUCCAGAGAUUCCACAUGGCCAAAGCUAAAUACUCUCAGUUCCUGAUGGCAGCAGCCUUUGCUGCAGUGUCGGUGCCCAUCCUCCUGUGUCCUUUGCUGGUCCACUCACCUUGUCUCAUAGACCACGGCCACCUGCCCCCAAAACCCAAGCUGAUAGGCCACAGAGGUGCCCCCAUGCUGGCCCCUGAGAACACCAUCAUGGCCUUCCAAAGGAGCGUUGCAUGCGGCGUGACAGCCUUCGAGACAGACGUGCAGAUGAGCAAGGACGGAGUUCCCUUCUUGAUGCACGACCAAGGCCCGGACUUUUUGAGGCGGACCACCGACGUGGAAGAUAAGUUUCCGGGCCAACACAUCGAGUAUAGCAGCCAGCUGACGUGGGAGCAGUUACAGAGCCUGAAUGCAGGUGAAUGGUUCCUGCAGACGGAUCCUUUCUUCUCGCUGUCCCAGUUGUCUGCAGAGGACAGGGAAGAAGCCAGCAAUCAAACAAUACCUUCUUUAGUGCAGCUCCUUCACCUUGCUGAGCGCCACAACGUCUCCGUUUUAUUCGACCUGUAUAGUUCUGGCCAGGGAUCCAAUGUAGUCCAAACCAUCCUCAGCUCCAAGGUGGACCCAAGCCUGGUCCUCUGGCUUCCUUCUGAUGGGAGACCGUACGCCAAGUCAAGGGCUCCAGGGUUCACCCAGGUCUACGACGACGAAGAACACAUGCGGAACGACGGGGGAGACCACCUCAAUCUGCACUACGGCAAGCUGAGCAUGUCAGAGAUUGGGGAGCUCCGCAGGCGAAAUAUCUCACUGAACCUGUGGGUGGUCAACCACUCCUGGCUCUUCUCGCUCCUGUGGUGUGCCGGGGCCAGCUCCGUCACCACCAACACCUGCCACCUGCUGGGGGACAUGGAGGCUCCCGACUGGGUCUUGCCUCCUGGGACGUACACCACCCUGUGGAUCACAGUGGACGUGGUGUCUGUGGUGAUGAUGGUUGUGAUCUACUUCCUCAAGCGGAAACCUUGCUGCUGCCACAGAAACGCAUCAAAGAAAGAAAGGACAAAACUGUCCUGGAACCAGAAAGAACUUUCUCCCUUCUUAGCGGCUGUGUAGUUUGUCACACCGGAGCAGCAUAAUCACGUGUAGUUUGUCACACUGCAGCAGCAUAAUCACAAGUAGUUUGUCACACUGGAGCAGCAUAUCAUGCACUGUCACAACGUUUAUGAGGCGGAGAUGAAAGUUUUGUACAACCUUUCACUGUGUUUUAUGGCCUUUCACUGUCUAACUGCAACUGUCUUUGUGUUGUUUUGACGCCAAACAGAGUUAACAAUUGCAGGAAUUACCGUAUUUUUUGGACCACGGGGUCUAUUCAGGUCUAUUUUUAUACAAAAAGGCGCACCGGAUUGUAAGGCGCAUUAAAGGAGUCAUAUUAUUAUGAUUUUUUUCUAAAAGUAAAAGACUUCCUUGUGGUCUACAUAACAUGUAAUGGUGGUUCUUUGGUCAAAAUGUUGCAUAGAUGAUGUUUUGCAAGCUGCUUUCUGACCAUCUCUUUUACUAUGCGCCACUUUGUGGGCGGUUUUAUUUACGUGGCUCACCGCCCACAUUGUUUUAAGCGCUUCCAUAGCGAGUCUACUGAUAGAUACAAGUUAGAACUAUGUGCCGCUUUGUUUUAGAAAUGGCGACGGCGGAGGAUGAAUGUGCAUGUACGAGCCAGUCUGCCCCCACAACAGGAGGGUAGGAGAAAACAGAGCUUUUUGACUACAACGGCAGACGAGCGUAAGGCACUGAGGGCACAUUCAGACGGUAUGUGCACACUUUCCUCAACUGGUGACAGCACAAGAUGGGCAAAUUCCAAACAGGUCGUUUAAAGGAAGUAUGAAGGAAGGCAAGAUUGUAGAGUUGUACGGUAUACCGGUACUAGUAUAGUACCGUGAUACUAAUGAAUCAUAUUUAGGGAUGUCCGAUAAUGGCUUUUUGCCGAUAUUCCGAUCUUGUCCAACUCUUUAAUUACCGAUACCGAUAUCAACCGAUACCGAUAUCAACCGAUACUGAUAUAUACAGUCGUGGAAUUAACACAUUAUUAUGCCUAAUUUGGACAACCAGGUAUGGUGAAGAUAAGGUCCUUUUUUAAAAAUAUUAAUAAAAUAAAAUAAGAUAAAUAAAUUAAAAACAUUUUCUUGAAUAAAAAAGAAAGUAAAACAAUAUAAAAACAGUUACAUAAAAACUAGUAAUGAAUGAAAAUGAGUAAAAUUAACUGUUAAAGGUUAGUACUAUUAGUGGACCAGCAGCACGCACAAUCAUGUGUGCUUACGGACUGUAUCCCUUGCAGACUGUAUUGAUAUAUAUUGAUAUAUAAUGUAGGAACCAGAAUAUUAAUAACAGAAAGAAACAAUGGGGGAGGGAGGUUUUUUGGGUUGGUGCACUAAUUGUAAGUGUAUCUUGUGCUUUUUAUGUUGAUUUAAUAAAAAAAACAAAAAAUAAAUAAAAUAAUUUAAAAAACGAUAUUGAUAAUAAAAAAAACGAUACCGAUAAUUUCCGAUAUUACAUUUUAAAGCAUUUAUCGGCCUGCCGAUAUUAUCGGACAUCUCUAAUCAUAUUCGGCCGUAAAAUCCAUCAAGUGAAGUCGUACUAAAACUACUAAAAUAUUUUGACAGAUUUUUGAGCGCCGUGUAUAAUGUUCUUUAUUUUCAAUGGAACAUUUAAAGCUUUGGUGUUUUUUUACUGCCCUCAUAUUGCAGUCUACACGUACACCAUAUUGUCAAAAGUAUGUCACAUAUGAACUUGAAGUGCCAUACCAUUCCUAACCCAUAGGGUUCAAUAUGAUGUGGGUCCGCCUUUUGCAGCUAUUACAGCUUCAACUCUUCUGGGAAGGCUGUCCACAAGGUUGCGGAGUGUGUUUGUAGGAACUUUCCACCGUUCUUCCAAAAGCGCAUUGGUGAGGUUGGUCGAGAAGGCCUGGCUCUCAGUCUCCGUUGUAAUUCAUCCUAAAGGUUUUCCUACAGGUUCAGGUCAGGACUCUGUCCAGGCCAGUCAAGUUCAUCCACACCAGACUCUGUCAUCCAUGUCUUUAUGGACCUUGCUUUGUGCACUGGUGCACAGUCAUGUUGGAUGAGGAAGGGGCCCGCUCCAAACUGUUCCCACAAGGUUGGGAACAUGGAAUAUUUUAUCCUGGAGCAUUCAAAGUUUAUUUCACUGGAACUAAAGUUAAAGUACCAAUGAUUGUCACACACACACACUAGGUGUGGCGAAAUUAUUCUCUGCGUUUGACCCAUCACCCUUGAUCAUCACCCUUGAGGGGACGGCGUGGCGCGGUUGGUGGAGUGGCCGUGCCAGCAACCUGAGGGUUCCUGGUUCGAUCCCCAGCUUCUACCAACCUAGUCAUGUCCUGAUGGGUCACGGUUAGCUCCCAUCACUCCGUGUGUGAAAGGGUGAAUGUGGAAAUAGUGUCAGAGCGCUUUGAGUGCCUUGAAGGUAGAAAAGCGCUAUACAAGUUAACCCAUUUACCAUUUAUAUCACCCCCUGCGGGGUGAGGGGAGCAGUGAGCAGCAGCAGUGGCCGCGCCCGGGAAUCAUUUUUGGGGAUUUAACCCCCAAUUCCAACCCUUGAUGCUGAGUGCCAAGCAGGGAGGUAAUGGGUCCCAUUUUUAGAGUCUUUGGUAUGACUCACGACCUACCGAUCUCAGGGCGGACACUCUAACCACUAGCCCAACUCCUGAAAAACAACCCCACACCAUAAUUCCUCCGCUGACCCCUCCCUUGUCAGUUUACGUGGCCGACCACUUUGGGGCGGUGUGGCGCAGUGGGUAGAGCAACUGUGCCAGAAACCUGAGGGUUGCAGGUUCGCUCCCUGCCUCUUACCAUCUAAAAAGCGCUGCCGUUGUGUCCUUGGGCGGGACACUUCACCCUUUGCCCCCGGUGCCGCUCACACCGGUGAAAUGAAUGAUAGGUGGUGGUCGGAGGGGCCGUAGGCGCAAAUUGCAGCCACGCUUCCGUCAGUCUACCCCCAGGGCAGCUGUGGCUACGAAAGUAGCUUACCACCACCAGGUGUGAAUGAAUGAACUUUGGGUACUUAGAAAAGCGCUAUAUAAAUCCCAGGUAUUAUUAUUAUUAUUAUUAUUACUUUGUGGCUGAGUUGCUGUUGUUCCCAAACUCUUUCAUUUUUCUUAUAAUAAAGACAACAGAAGACUUUGGAAUAUUUAGGAAAUUUCACGACGGGAUUUGUUGCACAGGUGGCAUCCUGUGACAGUUGAAUGCUGGAAAUCACUGAAAGCGGCCCAUUCUUUCACAAAUGUUUGUAGAAACAGUCUACAUGCAUACGUGCUUGAUUGUAUACACCAUUAGGACACCUCAUUCUGAUCAUUUGGAUGGGUGGCAAAAUACUUUUGGCAUUAUAGUGUAUCUCUUAUGUGUGACUGCCAUCUACUGGUCACAUUUGUCAUUACACCAUGUACCAAAUAAAAUAGCUUCGAGGUGGGUAAGCACAACCAGAAUUAUGCCGUACAUACACGUAUCUGCUAUGUGUGACUGCCAUCUACUGGUCACACUUAUCAUUACACCAUGUACCAAAUAAAAUCGCUUCGAGGUGGGUAAGCACAACCAGAAUUAUUCCGUACAUUAGGCGCACCGGGUUAUAAGGCGCACUGUCGAGUUUUGAGAAAAUGAAAGGAGUUUAAGUGCGCCUUGUAGUCGGAAAAAUAGGAUAAGUUGUGUAACCCAACUGAAAGGCAGAAGUUUUUUGAGUCUUUUCUUGUGUAAUGUCAGCCAUUUAAUCAUUUAGAUGAUGUGGGGUUUUUUUUUUAAUGGAAAUGUGAAUCAGUGCAAUCAAACUUUUUUCUCCAAAACCCUGAUUGCAACAUCACCUGACCAACAAUGCAUGCUGGGAAAUGCCAAAUGCCAAAAGCCUGUUUAAAAGUGCAAUUAGAUGUCAGUGUAAUUGCUAAGAAAACACUGUUACAUAUUAAUAACACGUGCAUUCCAAUGAUGGAAGUAAGUAUUGUGAUGAAAUGAGUCAAAUGUCGGCUUUUUUCUUUACUUUGUUAGGUUUUCCACUACGAAUAAAAGUACCGAUUGUG